AUGGAGUCGCCUGACGCGGACACCUCCAUAUCCAAAGCCAAGCUACAUGAGACGUUUGACGUCUUGCCAAACCUCAUUGACGUGCUAAAGGACGUGCUAUCGGCCAGCUCUACUCACGAGACCGUGCGCAUUGGAGACGUCUCGGCCUCAGCGGUGUCGGUGAAGCAAAAGUAUACCGAGGCGUUAGAGCUCUUGAGCUCUUUAUCUGGUACCGAUACCUCACUGGAGGAGCAGGAAAAAGCUAUCGCGAAUGCCAAAGUGAAACUCAGACACAUCUCCGAUGUCGUCGAGCUGUACAGCAACACACUUUACCGUGGAACAGACGAGCCGCGCGCCGAAAUAAACGAUGCCUUUUCUCGGAAAAGUCUUCUAAAGUAA